UAUCACUUAGAUCUAUCUCAGUAUAAUCUCUAUAAAUCUAAACAUGUGUUAUGUCUUUCAUUAACUACAAACACACAAACAUAAAGAAAAUGAGUAACGAUAAUGAUUCAUCGAAGUCACUCACCGGACCACACUUUCUUUUUGUGACAUAUCCAGCCCAAGGCCACAUCAACCCAUCUCUCGAGCUAGCCAAACGCCUUGCCGGAACCUUCAUCGGAGCUAGAGUCACCUUCGCAGCCCCAGUCGCCGCCUACAACCGUCGUAUGCUCUCCAAAGAAAACGUCCUCCAAAACCUUACCUUCGCCACUUACUCCGAUGGCCAUGACGACGGCUUCAGACCCUCUACUUCCUCCGACAAAUCUCGCCAACAGAGCUCCCGACAGUACCUGUCCGAAAUGAGACGACGUGGGAGGGAAACGCUAACCGAACUAAUCGAAGAUAACCGGCGUCAAAACCGGCCUUUUACCUGCGUGGUUUACACCAUCCUCCUCACUUGGGUCGCUGAGCUGGCGCGUGAGUUUCAGAUCCCUUCUGCUCUUCUCUGGGUCCAGCCCGUGACCGUCUUCUCCAUCUUCUACCACUACUUCAACGGCUACGCCGAUGCAAUCUCGGAGAUGGCUGAUAACAACCCUUCUGGUAUUAUUAAGCUUCCCUCUCUGCCACUGCUCCGUCUCCGUGAUCUUCCCUCCUUCAUCGUCCCUACAAACGCAUAUGCGUUUGUUCUACCGGCGUUUCGAGAACAGAUAGAGUCACUGAAGCAAGAGGAAACCCCUAAGAUCCUCGUUAACAGUUUCCAAGAGCUUGAACAAGAAGCUCUAACCUCGGUUCUUGAUAACUUCAAGAUUGUCCCCAUCGGUCCGUUGAUUACCUCGAGGACCGACUCCGAGACUGACGCUGAGUACGUCGAGUGGUUGGAUACAAAAUCAGAUUCGUCUGUGCUUUAUAUCUCGUUUGGGACGCUUGCCGUGUUGAGCAAGAAACAGCUUGUGGAGCUCUGCAAGGCGUUGAUAGAGAGUCGGAGGCCGUUUCUGUGGGUGAUUACGGAUAAGUCGUACAGAAGAAGUAAAGAAGAUGUGGAAGAGAAAGAAGAAGAGAUCAUAAGCAGUUUCAGAGAAGAGCUCGAGGAGAUAGGAGUCGUGGUUUCUUGGUGCGAUCAGUUCAGGGUUUUGAAGCACAGGUCGAUCGGUUGUUAUGUGACGCAUUGCGGGUGGAACUCGUCGCUGGAGAGUUUGGUCGCGGGAGUUCCAGUGGUUGCGUUUCCGCAGUGGACUGAUCAGAUGACGAACGCGAAGCUUCUGGAAGAUUGUUGGAGGACAGGUGUGAGGGUGAUGGAGAAGAAGGAUGAGGAGGAAGUUUUGGUGGAGAGUGGGGAGAUACGGCGGUGCAUUGAGGAAGUGAUGGAGGAGAAGGCGGAGGAGUUUAGAAGAAACGCGGCCAGGUGGAGAGAUCUAGCGGCGGAGACGGUGAGAGAAGGAGGAUCUUCGUUUAAUCAUCUCAAAGCUUUUGUCGAUGAGCACAUGUGAGAUUCGGUCUAGAAGAAUUCAGUUCCACAGCUUCUUUUCUAAGAGUAUUAUUUUAAUUUCCAAAUUUAUUUGAAGUCUGUUAUUUAACUGUUAAAAAGUUAUUACAGCUGUUUUUUGUGA